AUGAAAACUUUCCCCCCGCUGCUGCUGUUCAUGCUGCAGCUCACGUUACCGACGUUACCGGCGUCCGAGGCGUUAACGCGCACGAGCAACGUCUCCCGGAGGGACACCGGGUCCCUCCUGGUCAGAAGCACGGGACCGGAGCCCGUCCUGGACGCUCUGCUCCCGACUCGGGCCCACGCCGCCGGUCCGCCCGAACGUUCGGCUGUUUCCGUGAAGUGCGAGCUCAACAUGAUGCGCGUGCAGGUGCACCGGAGUGUUCUGGGCACCGGGCAACCGGACUCCCGCCUCACGCUGGGGACCUGCGGGGCCAGCAGAGCCACGAGGGACUACGUGCUCUUCGACUAUGACGUCAGCAUGUGUGGGACCAGGCGCGCGAUGGUUAAUAACCAGGUGGCUUAUUUAAAUGAGCUGCAUUAUGACCCGUUAAGGCUCCAGGGACCAAUCAGGAGAGCGGUGCCCUUCCGCCUGUCGGUGGCCUGUCACUACAACCGGUACCAAUUCUCUGAUUACACGCCGAAGCUGCGUCAGAGCGCCGCGCCGAUGAAGACCAGAACGAAGUUAGUUCUGACUGCUCGAAAUGCCCAGUGGGAAAGUCUCCCCCCGUCGAGUCAGUACUCUCUCGGCAGGUCCAUGUACUUCCAGGCCGAGGCUCCGCCCCUCCUCCGGGAGGAGAGGCUGUACGUUCACCGGUGUUACGCAACGCCAGAGAACUCUCACUCCUCCACGCCGCAGGUCCCCGUGGUGGAGAACUCUGGGUGUAUGGUAGACAGUAAGGCCAGUCGCUCCAGAUUCGUCCAAUACAAACGGAAUGUGGUGAGAUUCUCAGUGAAUUCCUUCCACUUCAUCGGAGUGACCAACCAGCAGCUCUUCAUGCACUGCUCCAUGUCCGUGGGCAGCUCCGUUCCCACGGCAACGGCCAAGGCCUGCAACUACAACCCCCAGACCUCCAGGUGGGAGGAGCUCUACGGACCGGACUCCGUGUGCAGCUGCUGCGACUCCAGCUGCAGCGCCGCUGCCUCCACAGUGACCAAAAUAAUCAGCAGUCAGCCGUGGACGAUCGACCCGAAAGUGAAACCCAGAAAAUCAUCAAGAAGGAAGCCGGCCACAACAACAACAACAACAGCAGCAGCAGCACAGGAGACGAGCAGAGCGGCGGCCGUGACUCCACCCGGUGGGGCGGAGCAGGAGUGGCUGUUCGGAGGAGGAGGAGUGUCGUGGGUGGAGGUGGAGGAGAGGCAGGUGAAGGGCUCCGCAGUGGUGGAGGAGGAGGAGGUGGAGGAGGUCACAGCACCUCACACUAUAUUUGAUGAGAUCUUUGGUUUUUGA